AUCACCGCAAUCCUGGACUUUCCUUUCUCUGUGGGGGAUUUUUGGUAACUGACGUUCACGCAAAAGUUUCUUUUUAGAAAUUCCAUAUUUUUUUUUUCCUUGGCUUUAAUAGGAAGUUGAAGCUUUCAAGCAACCCAAUUUCUCUCUUUUGUCAGAAUCUCCUAAAUACUUGGAGAAUCCUCCUAAAAUACUCUCUCAGAUUUCAGAGAGUAUCAGACUCUGAUGCCACCUCUCUCUCUCUCUCUCAAAAUUAGAGAAAAUCAUUUGCUUUGGGUGGCCAUUACAGGCAUAGUUUCUUUGCUAUGGAAAUUCUCUCGUACAACUUUGCACCACUCUCUCGUGAUGUAAAUUUAAGAUUGGAAUUGGUUCUGAAAAGCUCAAAUUCACGUCAUUCAAAGCUCAACUUCAGAAAAAAUAAGUGCCCUAAAAUUGAUUCCAAGUGUGGAUCUUUGAGAUUAUGCAAUUUGGAUCAGUCUCUUUUUGUAAGGAAGCUCAGCAACCAGGGCAGCUCUAGUUCACUAAAUAUCCUUCAAGGCUUUAGAAAUGUUGAAUCGAAGGUCCUGAGUGGAGGAUACGAUGGUUAUGUGAUUGGUGCGGAAGAUGAUGCUAGAGAUAUUUCAGAAGAGGGGGAGUCAGGGACUAAGGUUGUAAUUCCAAACUUGCCAGAUGAAUCCGACGGUGAAUCUAUUGCUCCAGUCAGUAGUUGUUUCUGGGAAUGGAAGCCUAAAUUCAAUGUACAUUAUGAGAAAGCAGGGUGUGAAAAUGUGAAUUCCCCAAAGGUGCUCUUUCUUCCUGGUUUUGGUGUUGGUUCUUUUCAUUAUGAGAAACAACUAAAGGAUUUAGGACGUGAUUUUAGAGUUUGUGCAAUUGAUUUUCUUGGGCAAGGCAUGUCAUUGCCUGUGGAAGAUCCUACUCCUAGUUCUAGUGAAGGAGAUGAUACAUCAGAGAGGAAAGAUCAUGCCUGGGGCUUUGGAGAUGAAACCAAACCAUGGGCAAGUGAUCUUGUUUACUCUAUUGAUUUAUGGCGGGAUCAAGUUCAAUAUUUCAUAGAACAGGUUAUUGGUGAACCAGUCUAUAUUGUCGGAAACUCACUAGGAGGAUUUGUGGCCCUAUACUUUGCAGCAUGCUGUCCUCAUUUGGUGAAAGGUGUAACAUUGCUUAAUGCAACCCCUUUUUGGGGAUUUCUACCGAACCCCAUAAGAUCUCCUCGACUAGCAAAAGUAUUUCCAUGGGCCGGAACGUUUCCCCUGCCUUCCAUUGUGAGAAAGCUCACAGAACUUAUUUGGCAAAAAGUAAGUGAUCCUAGGAGCAUUGCAGAAGUACUCAAGCAAGUUUAUGCAGAUCAUUCAACAAAUGUUGACAAGGUGUUUUCUCGUAUACUUGAGAUAACACAGCAUCCAGCUGCUGCUGCAUCAUUUGCCUCAAUCAUGUUUGCUCCUCAGGGAAAAUUAUCUUUUAGGGAAGCUUUAUUAAGAUCUCACAUGAACAAUGUACCAAUCUGCCUCAUGUAUGGAAAAGAAGACCCCUGGGUGAGACCUGUCUGGGGGCUUCAGGUGAAACGGCAGGUGCCUGAAGCUCCAUAUUAUGAGAUCAGCCCAGCUGGUCAUUGUCCUCAUGAUGAAGUUCCCGAGGUUGUGAAUUAUUUAUUGCGCGGGUGGAUAAAAAAUCUAGAAACCCAGGGUUCAGUGUCAUUACCUCUGCUUGAUGAUGGAGACAAUGCCCUGUCGUGCAAUAUUGACAGGGACUUGGAAUUUGUGAGAGAUGGAUCAAGAAAAUCAGUGAGGGUGCGUUUCUUUGGAUCUAAAUUCUCACUUUGGAAAAUGAUGAUCUCUUAUAUCAGACGUCUCUUUGGGAAAUCGUGAUAUUGCGGAUUUGCCUUUGUCUAAAACAUAAGGUGAAUUUGGAAAUGUACCAUAUUAAUUCUCA